GCUGACUGUGAGGAGAGAAGAGAAAGAAUCGACCUCUGCUGCUGCUGUGACAAACCACCUGUGACUCCAACUGCAACCUGCAAACCCCAAAGUCUCCUGAAAAUUGCCAUGAUGAUGAAGCUGUGGACAGUGCUGGUGGCUGUAGUGCUGUGUGUGCUGGUGUGUCUGGGAACACUGGCGGACGCCUACCCACCCAAACCUGAGAACCCCGGUGAAGACGCCGCGCCCGAAGAGCUGGCCAAGUACUACACCGCUCUGAGACACUACAUCAAUCUGAUCACAAGGCAGAGGUAUGGAAAGCGCUCAGCUCAGGAGGACAUGGUCGCAGAGCUCCUGUUUGGUGCCGACAGUAACAGAGACCAGAGAUCAAGAUAUGAUGAUUCCAACAUGUGGUGACUCCACCUGCCCCCACCCUCCUCAUCUGGCAUUCCCUCUGAGUGUGUGUCCCACACGGCACCUGGAGGGGCCGACACGUGCCUCUGACCCCUCACACCUGAGUCCUUACCCCAAACAAUGACCAUCACCGACCACAAUACAAGCUCGCUCUGUCUCUUGUCACUGUGUCACAUCUCACUCAUUGCAACAUGUUUAUACAUAAUGUAUUAUUGAAAUAGAAUAUAUAUAAUGAGAUUGUGAUACUAAUCACAAGGUGGAACUGUGUCUGUGUGUGCGCGUGAGCAUUAACGCCCCCUACUGUCCAAUAACUGUUUA